AAGUAUGUCAUAUGUCACUGUCAAAGCCAGGUGUGUACUUUGAAUUUUAAUGAGGUCGCCGUUUGAAAUCGAAAUCGAUCAGUUAAAAAUGGCGGAAAGAACAAUAAGUAUAUUUCAACAACAAACAAAACCUAUAAAAAUAUGUAAAUGGAAAAUACGAACAGGAACACGAAUUUCUAUAGGAUGUCCAAUAUUAAUUUAUGAUUUUGAAGAAGCUACAAAACCGGAACAACGUAAAUUAAAAUCAACACAAGCUGGAACUGUGCAUCAGAUUUUAGUCCUAGAAGGACAAAUUGUAAAACCCGGGGAAGUCCUUUUGGAAUUAAUACCAUGUUCCCAUCCUACAAUAAUGAAUGACAUGUGUGCCGAAUGUGGAGCAGAUCUUAGAAAAAACGAUGAUAUUAGUAUUGCUUCAGUACCUAUGAUCCAUGCUAUCCCAGAUCUAAAAGUCAGCGAGGAAGUGGCACAAAGAAUAGGAAAAGCUGAUAACGAACGCCUGUUAAAAGAUAGAAAAUUAGUCCUGUUAGUCGAUCUAGAUCAAACGUUAAUCCACACCACAAAUGACAACAUACCUCCUAAUAUUAAAGACGUUUAUCAUUUUCAGUUACAUGGAUCCAAUUCUCCUUGGUAUCAUACCAGGUUAAGGCCUGGAACACACAAGUUUUUACGUAAUAUUCAUGACUAUUACGAACUUCAUAUAUGCACGUUUGGAGCUAGGAAUUAUGCCCAUAUGAUUGCAAUGUUUUUAGAUGCAGAUCAAAAUAUUUUUUCUAAUAGGAUAUUGUCAAGGGAUGAAUGUUUCGAUCCAACUAGUAAAAAGGCUAAUUUAUCGGCAUUAUUUCCCUGCGGUGAUAACAUGGUAUGUAUAAUAGAUGAUAGAGAAGAUGUCUGGUCACAUGCUACAAAUUUAAUCCAUGUUAAACCAUAUCAUUUUUUCCAACACACAGGAGAUAUCAAUGCUCCACCGGGAUUAGAUAAACACGAAAAUGAUAAAUUAGUAAAAGGAAUUGAUUUAACGAAAGUUAGUACUAAAAAGAAUAACACAAAAGUUACCAGUGAAGAAAAUGAUAACAGCUCAAGAGACGUUGAAACUAAUCCAGAAGAUAAAGAGGAUAAGACAGUAACCGAUGAUAAGACAGUAUCCGAGGAAAAGACAGUAACCGAGGAUAAGACAAUAACCGAGGAUAAGACAGUAACCGAGGAUAAGAUAGUAUCCGAGGAAAAGACAGUAACCGAUAAUGGUAAUUCCGAAGAAGAUAAAACAUCCAAACUAGAGGAAAACGCAAAUAAGGAUGAAGUAGAAAAUAACUCUCAAUGCAAAACAGAAAAUAAAGAAACAGUUGACGAGGAAAGCAAAAAACAAGAAGCUGAUAAACAUCUUGUAAACAACAAAGAUGACGAAAAAGACGUAGAAAAGAAAAAUAACGAAAACGCGGCUGACGAAAAUAUGAAUGAAAAUUCUGAAAUAACUAAAACAAAGCCAGAAGAACCAAAAAAUAAUGAAACUGAAAGCAACAGCGAAAAUAAAAAUUCGGAUAAAGAAAAUAAAAAGGACAAAUCGGACAAAUCAGAAAAACCCGAAGAAUUGAUCGAUAUAGACGAUCCUGAUGAUUAUUUAAUUUAUCUUGAAGAAAUUUUGAAACAUAUUCACCAAGAAUUCUAUAAGCAAUACGAUGAGCUUGAAGCUGGCGAAGUACCUGAUCUUAAACAAGUCAUUCCUACAGUGCGAAGCAAUAUUUUAGAAGGUUGUAGGUUAGUUUUUAGUGGUUUGGUCCCCACCCAUAUUAAUUUAGAGCAGUCAAAAGCGUAUCUGGUCGCUAGAGGACUUGGAGCCACUGUUACGCAAGACAUCGAGGAUACCACGACGCAUCUGGUGGCUGUCAGGCCGGGUACCGCUAAAGUAAACUCUGGUCGCCGGAAGAAAAAGUUGAAGAUUGUAACGCCAGAUUGGUUAUGGUGCUGUGCUGAAAGGUGGGAACACGUAGACGAGAGGAUAUUUCCUUUAAACAGCAAAGGUUCGAAAAAUAGGCAUCCGCCCCCACAUUGCAGUAGUCCUGAGCAUAUAACGUCUUAUCCUGAACACGGCAUGCCUGAUACUAGAAAGAGGACACCCAGUGGGAAAUUUAUGGAUACAAUUAAUCCGUUAAUGUCGUUUUCAAGUGAUGAUAUUGCUGAUAUGGAUAAAGAGAAAAAAGCACAAUAUAGAAGUAGAAGAAUAGAAAAAAAUAUUUUUAAAACAAAUAAACGGCAAAAGACUGAUUCUGAUAAGGACGACACAACUGAGGAAGGCUACCCAGAAUCUCAAAUGAAUUCGCAACAAAUAAACCGAGACUUUCCUGAGACUGGAGAUAGUAAUCAGACGAAAGUUGAAAAUCAUGUUGAUGAAUUGUCUUCAGAGAGACAGUUAUCAUCUGAUAAACAUGAAGAUGCUGUAGUCAAUUGGUCUUCCUAUUUAAGAAACGGAGUUGAUAGAAAGACAGUUCAUCAUUUGAGGAAAAAAUAUCGCAUCGCAAAAAAUUUAAAAGCUCCCAAAAUGAACAGCGAAGUAAAAGCAUGUCUAAGGAGACAUCACGUAAGAAAUGACGAAGCAUUGUCUCAGUUACAAAAUAAUUUGGGUAGAAGCUUGACUGCAAUUGGUUCCUUGGUAGACAAAUUAGUUGCAAAUCCAGAGGAAGUUAAGGCAGAACAGAUCAUUUCGAUCCUAACAGAUAGUGCUAAGUUGCAGUCCUCUGUUCAUCACGGGAUGUCCUUGUUCAGACGUUACCCAGCUACUUUUAAAGCUACAGAUACAGCCCGCAAAAUCUUACCAAAGUGUCCGAUUGAUUCAUAUCUUUUUGGAAAGGAUUUAGAAACGAAUAUUGUAACAAAAGAAAGUUCAGAGUUAAAUAAGACAUUAAUAUUGGCAGAAAAUCAUAUUUCAACAGUAGGAUAUUCCGAUGACGAUCGGGUAGAAUGCCCAGAUAAUUUAGUUUGUGGUCUAAACGAAGAAUCGAAAACAGAAGAUUUACAAUAUAAACAGUCGGAUGAGUUCAUGGAAUAGGCAUGAGGUAGAAGACAUUUUGGAAGACGACGACAGUGAAAGUAGCGAGGAAGACAUUAAACAAGACUUUGGCGAAAAGAUGAUGUCAGAAAUUCUUAGUAAAACGUCGAAUGAAAGCAGCAGCAGCAGUGAAGACUCCUUAACAGGGGAAUACCCAAGAGGCUACAAGAGAAAGAAGUUCGAACCAAAUGCGGAUGAUCUAUACAACAGUA